AUGCAAGGGCAAGAGAAUAAGAAGAUGGGUGGUUCAAAGAGAAAGAUGAAGCCGGUAGAAAUGGCAUUUGAUUCAGAUGAUGAUGAGCCUAUUCUGUCAUUGCUAAAACUGAAAGGUAAAAGAAACAAAAAAAUUAGGUCAGGGUUGGAUGGUAGUGGAAAUAAGGGAAAAGGGAUUGAGAAAAUGGCAGUUGAAAAUGAAGAGUUGGGUGGUAUGGGCGAUACGUUGGCGAGUUUUAGGAAGAAAUUGAAGGGUCCGAAAAAAGAUUGUGGGUCUGAUGCAGUAGUUGGAAAGCAUUUGGGUAGCAACAUUGUGGCUUCCUCAUGUCAGUCUUUCAAAGGAUCUGCUGAAAAUGAUGAUUCGGAUGCAAUGUUACUGCAUGAUGGGGAGAAAAAUCAGGUGAGUGAAAUUGGUGGAUCUGAUGGGGAUGGGACAAUUGGCAAGGCCUGCGAGGUGAAGCACAAAACGACAAGCACGGGAUCCAAGUUUAGUUCAAGGGCAAACAAAAAUGGAAGGGAAUGUCAUGAUGAUUUGAAUAAUCAAAGAUAUGGAAAUAAUACAUUACGUGAUGAGAAAGAAAACCAUGUACAAGGCAAUUUAAUUUGCAAUUAUUCAAAGAAGCUGCAAGAGCUUUCUGCUUCACUAGAAACAAAUGAAAUGUUGAGAUCCAAUGAUGCGGAAGAAGAAGCAUCUCUCAAAGCAAUCUCUGAGCGUUCAAUUUCUGUUUCCGUGGUCCAAAGAUCCGAUUCCUGUUUUAGGGCAUGUUCUGGUAUGAUUACUAGUAUCCAUGAUGGUAAAAUCAAUUUUGAGAGCAAUGAGAAUCAUGCCGAUUUAGCUGAGGAUGCACAUGUUUCAAAUUAUAUUAUCGAUACUAUUUCUGGCGAUUUUCCUAAUCUGAAUCCAAAGGACUAUUGUUUGCCUCCUUUUCAAGAGCCCACGGUAGGGGUAAAACAUGAUAAAGAGGAUGAUUUAUCUCACGAUGAUUCGAAGCUACCGGUUGCCCCAAAACAGAUAGAGAAAGGCCACUUUGAUAAAGUUUCACCAGCAGAAGAUUGCAGUGACCACUUUGAUUCACAAUUGAAUGCAGUUCCAAUUGGCCAUAUCCCAAGUAUGGACCCUAAAAUUACCUCUUCAGAUGGCAGAGAAAUUCCAGAAUUCUGUUUAGACAACAUAUCAUUUAAUAGGGAAUGUGAUGAUACAUCUCAGCUUAAAAACUUGGAGCUGUCAACAUCUCUGGCCGAGUGCGUGAGGAAGAUGGGAGAUGACGUGAAAUCAGAAAAUCGAAUUAAUUCUGACUUAAGUUCUGAAGAUUUUAGGCGAUUCCCAUUUCAAUUAUCAUCAUCUGCAGCAUAUGCACCACAUGAUGAACGUAGAUCCAGUAGUGAUGGUCUGAUUAGAAUACCUGGUAAAUGCAUUGAAGAUACGGAUAUAGCUUCGGUUUCUUCACAAGAGGGGGAUGGCCAAGUCUCUGAAAGCAGAUCAUCUCCAGUGUCAGCACGUGGAGCCCGCAAAUAUGUUGUGGCUUUCCAAAAGCAUCAGGAUGAAACCCAAAAAACUGGUGACCGUGGACCAUUUUCUCAACCUUCUCAUCCAAUGUCGAAAGGUUCGUUUAUUAAAGGCCAUGAACUUCUUUCUGGGAAUGAAGAGGCAGAUGGGAUCUCUUCGCCAUCUAGUUUACUGGACCAUGAUGGGAUCUGUGUAGAAGAUAUAGGAUCCUUGGCUGAUCCUGAAACUAAAGAUAAUGGGCUAUCAGCUGGCCAGCGUACUGCUCGCAAUGCUAAAAAGCAUAGGCAUGGGGACAUGGCUUAUGAGGGGGAUGCAGAUUGGGCGAUUUUGAUGCACGGGCAAGGUUUUCCUGUUGGCCAUAUGGUUAUAGAUGGUGAUAAGCCCUCUAAAGCGAGAGAAAAGUUUGAUUCGGCAUCAACAAUUGUAGAGUCUGAAAAUGGAAAGGCAGCAGCUGUGUCAGCUGGGCUAAAAGCUCGUGCAGUUGGUCCUGUUGAGAAAAUCAAGUUUAAGGACGUGCUGAAGCGCAGAGGUGGACUUCAGGAGUAUUUGGAUUGCCGGAAUCAUAUUUUGAGUGUCUGGAAUAAAGAUGUCAGUCGCAUUUUGCCACUAGAAGAUUUUGGAGUGUCUGAUACUCCUUUUAUGGAUGAACAUCCACGCACUACUCUAAUUAGGGAUAUCUAUACAUUUCUUGAUCAACGUGGUUGUAUAAAUUUUGGAGUUGCUUCUGAAAAGCUUAAAGCAGAGAGCAAUUCUAACCAUGACUUGAAACUUCUAAAAGAGGAGAAGUUUCGGGAAAAAUCUGGGGCUUCUUUUGCUGAUUCUGAAGAUGGAGUUUCCUUUAUUCUUGGGAAGGUAAAGAGUUCCAAGACCUCCACCGUGGGAAAGAAUGAUAAUUUGUCUGAUGAUGAAAAACAAGUUGGAAAAGCCAAAGCUGUGGGAUUUGCAAAUCUUCAAACCAGAGAAUCAUCUAUCCAAAUCGUUUGCGAAAGAUGCUCCCCUGAUGAUUGUCAAGGAAAUGGUUACCUUGAUGCAAAUGCAAAGCUUCCUGAAGGUGUGCUUGAUUUGGAUUAUACAGGCUCUAUUCCUUCAAGUGAAGACGAGAAUGGCAGAACACUUCCUACUGUGGGUCCAGAUUUAAUAUCUUCUGUUGAAUCAGACAUUGGUGGAGCAGUACCUAUUAUGCAUUCAAAGUCCCCAAAAAUCUCUGCUCAAUCAUUAUCCUCAACUGGCGAUGCUCUUAUGCAUUGUGACACUGAACCCAGGAAGAGAAUUAUUGUAGUAGGUGCAGGUCCUGCUGGAUUAACUGCAGCACGCCACAUGCAACGCCAAGGCUUCGAUGUUACGGUUCUUGAGGCUAGGAGAAGAAUAGGAGGUCGCGUGUUCACAGAUCGCUCAUCUUUCACAGUUCCAGUAGAUCUUGGCGCUAGCAUCAUUACAGGUGUUGAGGCAGAUGUAGCUACUGAAAGAAGACCAGACCCUUCGUCAUUGGUUUGUGCUCAGUUGGGACUUGAGUUGACUGUAUUGAACAGUGAUUGUCCUCUUUAUGACACCAUGACUGGUGAGAAAGUUCCUGCACAUCUGGAUGAAGCCUUGGAAGCUGAAUAUAAUAGCCUACUUGAUGACAUGGUAGUGCUAGUUGCCGAAAAGGGGGAAUAUGCAAUGAGAAUGUCUCUUGAAGAAGGUCUAGAAUAUGCGCUCAAGAGACGUCGCAUGGCUUGUUCUGUACAGAAUCAGGUGGACGGUGAAUCGAAUAAAAUAUUGGAUACUCUCAUGGACUCUGGAAAGAUUGGUGUUGAUAAUGAAGUUAUUGAGGCUCAAGGUUCUAAAUCAGAGAUUUUGAGCCCUCUUGAGAGGAGGGUCAUGGAUUGGCAUUUUGCCAACUUAGAGUACGGUUGUGCUGCUCUGCUUAAAGAAGUAUCACUUCCUUACUGGAAUCAGGAUGAUGAUUACGGAGGGUUUGGUGGAGCUCAUUGUAUGAUUAAAGGGGGUUACAGUGCUGUUGUUGAAUCUCUAGGAGAAGGACUUAGUAUCCACUUGAACCACGUCGUCACAAAUAUUUCAUAUUUCACUAAGGAUUGUAGUAGUAGUGAUGAACUGAGUAACAAGGUUAAAAUUUCUACAUCAAAUGGCAAGGAGUUUCUUGGAGAUGCUGUCCUAGUCACAGUACCACUUGGCUGUCUGAAAGCAGAAACUAUCAAAUUUUCACCACCACUGCCCCAGUGGAAAUAUCUAUCCAUCAAGCGGCUUGGUUUUGGUGUUCUAAAUAAAGUUGUGUUGGAGUUUCCUGAAGUAUUUUGGGAUGACACCAUCGAUUAUUUUGGUACCACUGCUGAGGAUACAGACCAGAGGGGACGGUGCUUUAUGUUCUGGAAUGUCAAGAAAACAGUUGGAGCACCUGUUCUUAUAGCCUUGGUUGUUGGUAAGUCUGCUAUAGAUGGUCAAAAUAUGAGCCCUUCUGACCAUGUUACCUAUGCCUUGGUUGUUCUCCGGAAAAUUUUUGGGGAAGAACGAGUUCUUGAUCCUGUUGCAUCUGUAGUGACCGAUUGGGGAAGGGAUCCUUACAGCUAUGGUGCUUACUCCUAUGUUGCAGUUGGUUCCUCAGGAGAAGACUAUGAUAUUUUGGGCAGGCCAGUGGAGAACUGUUUAUUCUUUGCUGGUGAAGCAACCUGCAAGGAGCAUCCUGACACUGUAGGUGGUGCAAUGAUGAGUGGGCUUCGAGAGGCUAUACGUAUUAAUGAUAUAUUGAGUACAGGAACUGAUUAUGCUGCAGAAGUAGAGUCCAUGGAGGCUGCAAGGAGGCGUUCUGCCAGUGAAAGGAGUGAAAUGAGGGAUAUUAUCACGAGACUUGAUGCAGUGGAACUAUCAAGUAUUCUGUGUAAGCAUUCUUUGGAAGGGACCCCAAUUUUGACCAGGGGUAGUCUACUCCGGGAUAUGUUUUUCACUGCUAAUACUACAGCUGGAAGAUUGCAUCUGGCUAAAGAACUGUUAAGCCUUCCUGUUGGAUUUCUCAAGACUUUCGCUGGGACUAAAGAAGGGCUAAGCACGCUCAAUUCAUGGAUUCUGGAUUCCAUGGGGAAGGAUGGAACUCAGCUCUUGCGUCACUGUGUCCGUCUACUUGUACUUGUCUCAACUGAUUUACUUGCAGUUCGCUUAUCAGGUAUUGGAAAAACUGUAAAAGAAAAAGUCUGUGUACAUACCAGCCGUGAUAUACGUGCCAUAGCAAGCCAGCUAGUAAGUGUAUGGGUCGAAAUUUUCCGUAAGGAGAAGGCAUCUAAUGGCGGGCUGAGAUUACUGAGACAACCAAAUACUCUGGACUCGUCAAAAAGCAAGUCUUCUGUAGUGUCAGGAAAGCCUCCUUUAUUCAUACCUAAUGCUGCAACAGAGAGCAAGGGAAGCCCUAAAGCUUCUGCAUCUGCUGGCCACCAGUAUCCUAAAAAUGCAAGCACUAAAAAAGUGAGCAACAGACCUGUCAAAGCAGAAACAAGAUUUGACUCAAAAUCAGAGGUUAAAUUGUCAGCCUCUCAUGGUUCAGUAGGAAGGCCACAAGGAUCCCGAUUCCUCAGAUCCACCAGAAUAACUUGA